AUGGCGGUGAUUCUGGGACUCUCUCGGUGGUGGCAGCAGUGGCGGCGACGUUUGUCAGCUCGGGAUUGUUCCAGGAUGUUGCUCCUUCUCCUUUUGUUGGGGUCUGGGCAGGGGCCACGGCAAGUCGGGGUGAGUCAAACAUUCGAGUACUUGAAAAGGGAGCACUCGCUGUCGAAGCCCUACCAGGGUGUGGGCACAGGCGGUUCCUCACUGUGGAAUCUGAUGGGCAAUGCCAUGGUGAUGACCCAGUAUAUCCGCCUUACCCCAGAUAUGCAAAGUAAACAGGGUGCCUUGCGGAAUCGGGUGCCGUGUUUCCUAGACUGGGAGUUGCAGGUGCACUUCAAAAUCCAUGGACAAGGGAAGAAGAAUCUGCAUGGGGAUGGCUUGGCAAUCUGGUACACAAAGGAUCGGAUGCAGCCAGGGCCAGUCUUUGGAAACAUGGACAAAUUUGUGGGGCUGGGAGUGUUUAUAGACACCUACCCCAAUGAGGAGAAGCAGCAAGAGCCGGUAUUCCCCUACAUCUCAGCCAUGGUGAACAACGGCUCCCUCAGCUAUGAUCACGAGCGGGAUGGGCGGCCUACAGAGCUGGGGGGCUGUACAGCCAUUGUCCGCAAUCUCCAUUAUGACACCUUCCUUGUGAUUCACUAUGUCAAGAGGCAUUUGACGAUAAUGAUGGACAUCGAUGGCAAGCAUGAGUGGAGGGACUGCAUUGAGGUGCCUGGGGUCCGUCUGCCCUGUGGCUACUACUUUGGCACCUCCUCCAUUACUGGGGAUCUCUCGGAUAAUCAUGAUGUCAUUUCCCUGAAGUUGUUUGAGCUGACAGUGGAAAGAACCCCAGAAGAGGAGAAGCUGCAUCGAGAUGUGUUCUUACCCUCGGUGGACAAUAUGAAGUUGCCUGAGAUGACAGCUCCACUGCCGCCCCUGAGUGGCCUGGCCCUCUUUCUCAUCGUCUUUUUCUCUCUGGUGUUUUCUGUAUUUGCCAUUGUCAUUGGUAUCAUACUUUACAACAAAUGGCAGGAACAGAGCCGAAAGUGCUUCCACUGAGCUGCCACCACCUGCAAGACGGUCCCCCCAUGAGGUGUGGGAGAAACAGGCGCUGGCCUGAGCACACAGCCUGAUGGGUCUUCUCUAGUCUCCAGCAGCUGGUCAGAGACUGUUUUUUGUCACUGGAGCUUUGAAUGCAGGGAUCCUGAAUUCACAUAGUCAUCCAUGGGGACAUCUAACUCUGGUCUGGGAAGCCACCCACCCCAGGGCAAUGCUGCUGUGUUGUGCCUUUUCCUGCAGUCCUUCCAUGUGGGAGGAAAG